GCUACACUGUGCUCGAAGCUGUAGGCGCAUAUGAAGAGGCUGUGCUACACAGGCUAGUAAUUCACCGUCUCUGAAAUUAAUCUGAGACAAAAUGUCUUCCGUAAUUCCCCGUAUUGAGCAGUUAUCAUCCAGAGUUGUGCGGAUAUUGGGCUGCAAUCCCGGCCCGAUGACUUUGCAGGGGACGAACACAUACUUAGUCGGAACGGGCAGAAGUCGAGUGUUGAUUGACACAGGCGAGCCGUCGGUGCCGGAGUACAUUAGUAAUCUAAAACAGGCGUUAAGCCAGUUCAACACGACCAUACAGGAGAUUAUCGUCACACACUGGCAUCACGACCACACCGGAGGAGUACCAGACAUCUGGAAAAACAUAACAGGAGAGCUGCCUGUAAGUAAACUUCCUCGUUCUCCUCCGAGGGAGGAGGGGAUUGGGGAGGAGAAAAAGAAGUACACAUACCUGAGAGAUGGUGACAUCAUCAGAGCAGAAGGAGCCACAUUAAAGGUGAUGUUCACCCCCGGCCACACAGAUGAUCACAUGGUCUUACUGUUAGAGGAGGAGAGGGCACUGUUCUCUGGAGACUGUAUUCUGGGGGAAGGCACAGCUGUGUUUGAGGAUUUAUACGACUACAUGACCUCACUCAGCGCCCUACUGAAUACAGGAUCCAACCUCAUUUACCCAGGUCAUGGGCCAGUGGUACAGAACGCGGGUUCUAAGAUCAGAGAGUACAUCGCCCAUCGUAAUCUGAGAGAACAGCAGAUCCUGGCUGUGCUUCAGGAGAACACGGGAACGUCAUACUCCACCACACAACUCGUCAAAAUCGUCUACAAGGACACACCAGUGCACCUGCACAGAGCAGCAGAGAUCAACCUGCUUCACCAUCUACAGAAACUGCAGAGAGAGAACAAGAUCUGCCUUGCCAAAGACUCUGUAGGCAGCAUGUGGAGGAGCAACCUCUGACAUCACCACAGAUGGAGCGUUCAAUUGGCUAGUGCUGCUUAGACCCUCCCCUUUAAACCAUCUGUCAUUUAGGGCACAGCCUUUAACCCCCCCAGCUGUCAGGCAGACCUAGACUCUGCCUACAGCGGUGUUUUUUCCAGAACAUUCAGAGAGUACUCUCACAGGAGCAGAGUUUAUGUUACCUGUGAAUGUAUGAAGCCAGUUUCAGGCUCUUACGCUGUGUUAGAUCCAGAGACUGUUAUUUCAGCCCAGUUAGCAGAGUGACAUAAAGCACUCUGAUUCAGAAUUCACCAUCAAACCCAGGGCCCAAGUCUUCCAUGCCUGCAGUCGGCUGGCAGCAGCCACACCCGUUGGUCAGGGAGAUCUGAGUGAGAAAUUACCAUCAUAGUCAAGAGCAGCAGGAUGUGUGUGGCUCACAGAGACAUUGUGUCAAAUCACAAACAGAUUAGAGUAUCAGUCAAAACAUGAAACACACACACUCACACACAUACAAACUGCACACAGACAAAUCCAUGAGUCCAACAGACCUCAGUGCCCUACAGACAAGCCCUAAUAGAGGAGUGUGUGUAACAGGAGCAUGUUUAAACAGAGGAGUGUGUGUAUAUGUGAUCUGCCAGGCUGUGCUGCGCUUCAUGAAGGUGAUUCGUAUGAAGGUGAUUCGUAUGAAGGUGAUUCAUUCAGGUGAUUCAUGUUAAGGUGAUUUGUAUGAAGGUGAUUCAUUCAGGUGAUUCAUGUUAAGGUGAUUCGUAUGAAGGUGAUUCAUUCAGGUGAUUCAUUCAGGUGAUUCAUUCAGGUGAUUCAUUUGGGAAGAGCCAAAGUGAGUGUUGCUGUGAAAAGUGGGAGGUGGCUGUCUGCAGUGGUGAAGCAUGUUCUCACUGUAUUAAUACUCUCACACCUCUAACUGCGGUCAUCUUCUGACUGAUUUGAAAAGUCAUUGAGCAUCUGUCAAUAGUUUUAAUGUAUACAUUAUAUAAUUAUACAUAAUUACCUUAAGACAUAUUUUGCUGCUCUCAUUGAAACCUCUUGUGUGUGUAAAUAUAAGUGCCUGUCCUGUGAUAUGGGAAAGAUUUUACCGUAUGAGUGUGUCAAGCCGUUUUUUUACUGAAAACACGGGCCUUCAUUUUGAUCUCUCUCUGUAUGACCGCUUUUUGCUUUAAAACAGUAAAGUGUUGAUCACU